AUGACAGCAACAAACAACAACAGCAACUAUAUCGUUUCUGAUGAAAAAGUUAUUGAUUCAUUAGCUGAGGAAUUAGUUGUGGCAGAAACUAAAACCCUCAACGAAAGAAUUGGUGAAAACAAGAUUGAUUUACAUAACUAUCUCAAACACGAUGGAGGAAGAGGAAGGAAAACUGGUAUGGCUUUAUUAGUAAAUAAAAUUUCAAAUUUAACGAUUAUAGAUGUUGAUAUCAAUAAAUCGUACAAUGAUGAACUUAAAGAAACAGUUAGAAAAGACAUUUUAUCAAAACUUUCGGAUAAAGAUGUUAUCGUUAAAACCGCUUCAGGAGGUCUUCACAUUUAUUGUAACACUAAUUUCUUCUAUUCAACCUCGAACAGAAUGAUUAAAUGUUAUUCUUGCAAUGAUUAUGAUAUUGAUAUCAUGACUUCUAUGGAUGAUUCAAAGCGUUCUUUAGUAGUUAUGGCUGAUUCAAGAGUUCGCAAGAAUGCAACAGAACCAAUCAAUACAUACUCAUUCAUUCGUGGAAGUUAUGACUCGACCAUAACCAGAACAGUGAAUGAUAUAUUAAAUGAUUUGAAUAUUAAGGUAAGAGUUGAACAGAAGAACGAAGAAAUAAAGACUAUCAUGAAUGAAAACAAAGAUGUAAACAUUGACGAUAAACUUGCCCAGAGCAUAGUUGAUGGUAUUAGUGAUUUUGAAGUACAUAAUGACGGUGGAAACAUGAAUUUAGAAAAAGAAAUAACAUUAUUCACACUGUUUCAAGCAAUUAAUUCGUUACCUAAUCAUUUAAUUAAUGAAGCAUACGACAACGUUUAUAACUUCUGCAGUUUAACAGAAAAUGCAAAAAGUAAUUUUGAAAAAGCACGUAGUAGAUAUGCACAUUUAAUGACUUCUCCAUUUGUUUUAGUGAAGAUUCUGAAACUUUAUCAAAAGGAAUAUUAUGAUGAAUACGUUUUACCUUUAUUACGUAAGCCAAAAAUAACAUUUGAUAUAAAACUUGAUGACUCGUUUUUGAUAACAGAUAUUAGACGUAAGGCUGAAAAUCAUCAGUAUAAAAACAGUUCUGAA